AGUUCCGCCCCCAACCCUACCACAGACCUGCGCCAGGACAACCCCGCCUCCGCGGCUAUCCCUGGCCAGGGCUCAACCUGGUUCUAUUAAUAACUAAGCAAACUGGAACACCUCGGCCCGAGGUUGGGGUGCGCGGCCGCUGCUCCCGCCCGCCCGCUGCACCUGCAGCCUGAACCCGGGGCCCCCGGACACGCCGCAUUUUGGGGUGGGACCAGCUGGAGCCGGAAGCGGAGGUGCAGCGCCGUUAGCCGGAGACCGGAAGCGGAAUUGCAGGUGUGUGUUGUGAGAAGAGCAGCAUUUGCAGCGACUGGGAGAGAGUCUUUCGGUCGCCGCGAGAGGUGCUGGGUUCGACAAGAAAAGUAUCAUUCUAGCUCAGAUUUGUGUUGAAACCAGCCUCAAGGUUCACCUAUCCUCACUGAUCCGUGGAUUGCCAUAUGAUCAGAGCUCUGUCCUGAGAGUGCUGUGGAAUAAGGGAGGAGCGUCCUGCUUCCCGGCUGCCCUGUUGCUGCCGGAGUCACAGGAUGGCGGCCGUCGUCCUGCCCCCGACUGCUGGUGAGUCGUGGGGUCCUGGCAUUUCUCAGAGUCCAGACUUGAAAGGCUCUGACCCACAGCAUGGGACAGGAGGGGGUUGGGCAGAGCAGGUGAGGCAGGAGUGGAGUCCCAGGGCCCAGAGGUCCUCGGUGUCUGAUCGGGCAGCUCUUGGAAUUUGGGACUUAGGCGUUUGGGUGUCUGUGGAUGUCGCCUCUGUGGUGAAUGUGCUGGAACUUUUGAAUUCUCCCUUUAGUUCUUUCUGUGAACCUGAUAAAAACACAGUGACACCCUUGGAACUUCGGUUUCCUCAUCUGGGAAGUGGGAAUAAUCCCUUCCCCAAGUGCAGUCAGACCUUGAGCCCUGUUACCUGGCGUGGAUGCAGCAGGGCCAUGCUCUGGUUUCCUUGGAUUGCUGUCGGUGGGCGUUUGCGUGCAGCAGAGGUGGAUGCUUUGUGGGUGACUGUGUGCAUGCGGACAUGGUCAGUUGCAGGCAGGUGGGGGAGCUUCCAGGUGUGUGAGUGGACACAGGGCCGGUCUGGAUUCCUAGGACUCAUGUCUCCUCCUCCAGCUCUGUCUUCCCCGUUCCCAGCCUCUCAGCGAGAAGGACACACAGAGGGCGGGGGGCUGGUGAAUGAGCUCCUGACACGCUGGCUAAAGGGCUUGGUGACCUUCGAGGAUGUAGCCGUGGAGUUCACUCAGGAGGAGUGGACGCUGCUGGACCCUGCCCAAAGGACACUGUACAGGGACGUGAUGCUGGAGAACUUCAGGAACCUGGCCUCCCUGGGGAACCAAGUUGAUAAACCUGGUCUGAUCUUCCAGUUGGAGCAAGAAGGUAAAGUGAUGACAGAAGAGGGAGGAAUUUUCCCAGGUGCACGUCCAGAUGUGGAGAAUCCGCUUAAAGCCGAAGGGUUAACUCCUGAGCUGCAUAUUUUUCAAAAAGAACAAUCUAGAAAUAUGGAAAUGCAGGAGAGGAAUCAUCUCGGAGCAGAAUUCAACGAAUGUAAUGAGUGUUUUAAAGUCUUCAGCACAAAAUCUUCCCUUAUGCGGCACAAGAAGACUCACACUGGAGAAAAACGCUACGACUGCAGUGAAUGUGGGAAAUCCUACAGCAGCAAAUCUUACCUUACUGUUCAUAAGAGAAUCCACAAUGGGGAGAAACCCUACAAAUGCAGUGACUGUGGGAAAACCUUCAGCAAUUCCUCAUACCUCAGACCGCACUUGAGAAUUCACACCGGAGAAAAACCCUACAAAUGUAACCAGUGUUGUCGAGAGUUCCGCACUCAGUCAAUCUUCACGAGGCACAAGAGAGUUCAUAUAGGGGAGAGUCAUUAUGUAUGUAAUCAGUGUGGAAAGGCUUUCAGCACAGGGUCAUCUCUUUCUUUGCACUAUAGCAUUCAUACAGGGGAGAACCCUUACGAAUGCCACAAUUGUGGGAAAACCUUCAGGAGGAGCUCGAAUCUGACACAGCACGUAAGAACUCAUACUGGAGAAAAGCCCUACAAAUGUAAUGAGUGUGGGAAAUCCUUCACCAAUAGCUUUUCUCUUACAGUUCACAGGAGAAUACAUAAUGGAGAGAAAUCCUAUGAGUGCAGUGACUGUGGAAGAGCCUUUAAUGUUCUCUCAUCUGUUAGGAAACACAUGAGAACUCACACUGGAAAAAAACCCUAUGAAUGUAAUUAUUGUGGGAAAUCCUUCACAAGUAACUCAUACCUUUCUGUGCAUAUGAGAAGGCAUAUUAGGCAGAUGUGAAUUCAGUAACUGUGGGAAAAGCAUUCAUUGAUCUUUCAUGCCUCAGAUAACAUGAAAGAACU